CCGCAGCCGGAUUGCCCCUCGAGGGGACGCUUCAAUUCCUCUCCAACUAGUCUUGGUAUUGUACCUAUUGUAUUGUAUUGUAUUGUAUUGUAUUGUAUAUACAAGCAAAUACCUUACUCCGACUUGCAUACAUGCCUUCGCCAUGAAAGAGCCGCGCUUUGGCGCUCCAGAUGAGGAGUUCGACGAGCUCGACUUCGCCAAAGAUGCCCUGUCGCGCAUUUCUAUCGUCGCUGCGGACCUCGCCGCCCGACAGAAAUCUUGCGUCGCUGGCUGUCUGGCGGCCAAGCUGUGGAUCGCCAGGAAGUCGGUCGACUCUGCGGAUGCCAGCCAGCUUCCACGACUUCAGAGGCGCCUGCCCAAGCUGAUUGACGACCUCGAGCGAGUUUGUGCUUGGCCCCAUGCUCCAAAUGCGCAACAUCCCAUACUCCGGUCCGUCAUCAACCCGGGAACCUACCGAUCACUGCAAGAAGCCGAGACACGAGCGUGCAAGGGUAUCUCGGCGUUUGCGAAUGGCCCGCCGGCAGUGAGGGAUGGAUACUUUAAGAAACUAGACCAGUUCUCCAGAGCCGUCAUGGUUGUCAGAUACGAGGAGAGCAAGGAACCAGCGACAAAGAUGCAGAUCCACGACACCGACGAAUACCCGCCCCAUGUCAACUCAAGCCUGUACUCGGUGCUGAGGGCUCACUCUCUGUGCACAUGUACAUCCGAUUGUGGCUCAACAGGAACAGGCUCGGUUAAGAGGCACCCGGCCAGGCUCCGGCUGCGGGACGACAUUGUCAAGGUGGACGGCUGCGUUGCGUUUGACCUGCUGCUGUCCGCGUCGCCGACUGCGUAUGACUACUGGCAAGAUCUGCAGGUGCGAGUGACCCUGAAAGAUAAGGGCAAGAAGUCGGUCAAAUACAUGGACGGGGCCACCAAGGCUCCAGCUCCGGGACGCGUGGAACGAUCCAAGGUCAUCUCUCCCGGUUCCUUGUGUAGUUUGGUAACAGCCAAGCUCGGGUCCCGAAUUUGCUGCCGUGUGCAGGACCCGGAGCUCCACCAGCUCUAUGACGGCUCGCCUAUCGUCCAACAGGUGGACCCCGGGCCGAGCAUUUCGCUUCGGGGAAUCCUGCAGACCCACCGGCUCUCCAACAGGAUGAAGCUUGUUCUGGCUUAUAUCAUCUCUCGAUCCUUCUGGCAGUACUACGACUCGCCAUGGAUGGGAACGAAGUGGACAAGUGAUUCCAUCCAUUUUCUUCGGGAGCCAGUAGUCGAUGAUGACGCACCUGACGUGGAGAGGGGGGCUCUCUAUGCAUCGAGUCCGUACUUCGUCGUCGAGUUCAGCGGAGAAGAAGCCGAUGAGUUCGUCGAGUACUGCGAUUCGUUUUCUGUCAUCUACCGGUACCCCAGACUGCUUGCGCUGUGUAUCCUGCUGCUUGAGAUUGGCCGGGGAGAGAGUCUGUCGUUGGAGGAUCAUGGGUCCAUGGAGGCGAAUCUGAACUCAACCUGGACUCUAGCCAAGCGGCUUGCAGACAAACACAAAGCGUGGGGAGACUUCGACUACCCCGACUACCGAAAGGCGGUGCUCAACUGCCUGAGCCGUAAGCUGUUUGAGGAAAGCUCCACGACGGACCAGACUCGGCCGGAGAUGGAUAUCUUCACAAGGAAAGCGGUGGUCUACAAGACUGUUGUUCAGCCUCUCGAGAACUUGCUCAAACUGCUCGGAUUCUCCGACAAGCUGAAGACGCUGGAUCCCAUCGAUUCGAGAGGUCCGGGCCCCCUUCUUGCUAAGCCACCACCACCGGCUUUGCCAACCUCGUCCCAGGGCCGCGACUCCUCUCUGUCAUCGCAGUGGCUGGAUAAACUCGCCAAUAUCAACAGCUAUAUAUGCAACUUGUCUCGGCCGUCUUCCACGCGUCGCCCGGUGAGGAUCGCCAUUCUGGAUACUGGAUAUGAUGACCAGGCUAUCUUCUUCCAGAACCUUUCAAGGACACGUCGAAUCAAGCAAUGGAGGGACUGGGCUGAGAACUCGGAGACUCCCGUCGACGAGAAUGGACACGGGACACACACUGUGGCACUCGUCAUGAAGGUUGCGCCGACUGCAGACAUCUACGUUGCUAGGAUCGCAAAGGAUAGAACCAGCUUGAGGGGCGCUACCGGUUCCAUUGCUGAGGCAAUCCACUGGGCCGCCACCGACUGCGAAGCCGACAUCAUCUCCAUGUCCUUCGGCUUCCAAGAGGAGAUCCCCGUCAUCAGCCGAGCCAUCGACGCAGCCGAGCUGCACCGCGACGGCAAGAUCCUCUUCUUCGCGGCGGCGUCCAACUCGGGCGCCAACCGCAAGGAGGCGUUCCCGGCCACCCACGACUCCGUCAUCUCCAUCCGCGAGACGAACAGCAACGGCGCCUUCUCCGACUCGAACCCGCCCGUGGAUCCCAACGGGCCCAUAGUCCUGGGCACCCUGGGCAAGGACGUUCCCUCGGCGUGGCUGAGCAAUGUCGACGGGGAGGUGGCCAGGCUCGGCUCGUCCGUGGCUACGGCGGUUGCGGCGGGCGUUGCUGCCAUGGUGUUGAUGCUGGCGACUGCGGGAUUGGCCGACCCCAAGGCCAACCUUCCGCCGGAGCUGGCGAAGCUGUGGACCCGGAGAGGGAUGCUGGCUAUGCUGACGAGGAUGUCGCAGAAUAUGGGGAACAGAUCGUAUUUUAUAUCGCCGGUGGGCUUCUUUUCGGGCAAGGAUUCGGCGAGGAUUUGGAAUGCAAUGGCGGACGUUUGUGUCGGUUGAAAUUUGUGAUACCUAUUUACAUUUACUUGGUUUUUCUAAAGCACAAAUACGUAUUCUGAUAUGUUUGCCGUCUUUAAGUAUGUAUGGAUUGCCUUCAGCGCUUCAAUACAUUAUAAAGCAACGCAUUUGAUCGCAUCUCUCUCUGCCAAAGACUAUAAGUAGGUUGUGUCGAUAACCGAAUAUCGAAACCAAACAAAAAUC